UACUCGCCGAUGGGAGAUAGACAUGACCAAACAGCAGGCGCGCCAGGAGCAGGUGGCGAGGCCCGCAGCUGACCCCGGGCGUGGCCGUGCCCCGUCAAAAGCGGCCAAAACUACAGCAGGAUCAGGUGGACAAGCUGGGCGCACACCGGAGACCUGUAAAAAAGCUGGGGUGCCCUCCCGUGCGUCCAGCCCCACCUCAUCACCUGCAAACAAAGGUGAAUUAAAUUUGAAUCAGUCAACCUACCCUGAGGAGGAAAAUAAUUUUAGUCUGGAGGCCACCAACUACUCUGGAGGAGGCGACGGCAAGAAGGAGUCUAUGAGUCUGGCAAAGUUCUUUGCUGACCUGGAAGGAGCAAGGGAGGCUGAGAAUCUUCGGGAAAAUUUUGCCGGUGGGGGUAGCCUGCACCAGCUGCCCCCACUUGAUUCCGAUCACCGACCCCCCCGGCAAAUUCCCAAUGAGAAGGUAAUAGUCGGUAUCUUGGAAGUACCCAAAGUCUCACCCCUCUCUCCGCUCGAGCCCCCAGCACAGCCCCAUUCAACCCAAACCGUGGCUCAUGAUGCGCCCAGUACGGCAGAUCUGGCCAGUGAGCUGUCUGGCAUGAGGCGCAGCAUCGACGCGCUGGCCGAGAAAGUCUCAGUCUCGGUCGGGCAACGUGGGACAGUCGCGGGAAACAUCAGGCGAUCGCUGCCGAGAAAGGAGGCCGGCCCUAGGGCCGCGCGCCACCUGAGUAGGCAGCCCGCCCCAUCGGCUCCAUCCCCGAAGAUAGCAGCACCAUCACCCUCAAACUCAAAUUCAAUUAGCAAUAGAAAGAAAUAUCCAAAAAACCCCAGCAGCAAAUCUCUGCAAAAAAUCGCGUAAAUAAGAAGAUGAUACCCACCUGGAUACAACUUUUGGACUUAGAAUAUUUUCAUAUGGUGGGCUAUUAUUUUAUUAUUAGGCAGGGCCGCGCGCGCCUGUAUUGUACACAGGGCGGCAGCGGUGCGAGCGCGAGAGAGAGGCGCGCAUACAUCUUUUAUACUUGUAAUAUUUUGGCUGGCUGUGUGUAUUUUAUUUUAACGCGGGCCGGCAGCGAUGUGCGAAAGAGUCGAUCAAGUAUCUGUUAGCUUUAAUUUUAUUUUAUCGCUGGUUGAUUGUGUGUGGACUUAGUGCGCGCCGUCGAAGAGAGUGUGUGUAUUUUAUUUGUACAGCGAGCGAGGUGCACUUGGUGCGUGCUGGCGAGAGAGUGGCGUGUAAUUGAGCAGCGGCUAGAGGCGUUUGACUAAGUGCGCGGCCGGCGCCAGUUGUCAUUUCCGUCGACUGAAUGGAUUUUUACUAGGCUGGCGACUGAAAUCAAUGGAAUAAAAAUCACAAAAAUUGUUCUCGGCGCCACCAAUGCUAGUGAUUUUGGUCUCGGGAAUAUAUUUGAGAGCUCUGCCGCGAAUUUUUGACUCGUUCCUUUGGCGAAUUUUUUUUAAUUUUACCUGCUUUUUUUUAAUGGAGAUAAGAUAAAUUGUAUUUUAUUUGAAAUAAAAAUAAAAUUUUAUUUCCAGGUUAAAUAACCCCCAAACAUCACUUUUUAAAGGUUUAAAAAUUUCAAAUUUUUAAGAAAAUAAACGGAGAAUGGUAAUUAUUAGUUCUUCGUAUUAAUAAACAAAUUUAUUUUUAUUUAAAAAUAAGGAGAAUUGUAGAACAAAAUAAAAAUUUAAUAUCCAGGAGUACUUUUUGUGAUACAUUAGUUUUUUUUUUUGCAAUUUUACUGCUUCGUAAUAGUUUGUAUGUGUGUCGGAGAAGCAUCCCUUGCACAUGGGGUGGAAAAUUAAAGGGACUGUUGAGUUAUAAGGAAUAUGGCUGGAAGCUAAAUCAAAGCUUGGAAAAGUGAGAGUGGUAGACAAAGCGAGCGCCCCACCACUCGCACCCGCACUAGGAAAGCAGCGUGCAGUUGCAUUGUGUGCUUCCGUAAGAGAAGGAAGUGAGCUUUUCACCCAGUUGUCCACUGCUCGUUUUUGACCAUUUUGGGCAAUGUCGAAGAAUCAACUAACUGGUGCUUCCGUAAGUAAUUUUUCUGUUCUCAUUUACUCUGAGAGAUAAAUUUUUAUGGGAUUUAUUCUUUUAAAAAUAUUGAAAUUUGAUUUAAUACCAAUUAAUGAGCAAAAUAUUUUGAAAUUUUGCUGAUAACAAAAUUUAACAGAAAUUUAUUCAUUCUGACAAAACCUAUUAAAUAAUAAAAAUAAAUCAUAAUAAUAAGCAAAAUCUAAAAUAAAAAUGUAAAAAAUUCAGACUGUAAAUUUUGAUAUGAAUCUUUUAAUUUUUCAAAUCUUUUUUCUGCCCUGAAUUUUAUUUAUGAAUUUUCAGUGUAAUAAAUUUGAGAGAUUAAAUUAUUAAUUAAAUAAUUAAUUAUUCAAAACGGAAAAAUCAAUUUUUUUUACAGAAUAAGCGCCCUUCCGGGGGAAAGGGUGCACCUAAUAAGGAGAAUCCUCCAAUGAAGAAGAAGCCUGGACCCAAGGGGUUGGCCAAGUCGAUGGAGUUCAUCCUCUCGUCCGAUGAGGACGUUUUCAAAUCUCCUCCGACGAAGCGCCAACCCCUUCAAUCCACUGCGAACCUCGGUUCAGGCCAGACGGGUGCAGCAGCGAAAAGAAAGACUACUCCAAUCUUUCCUGGAGCUUCCCAGGUUCGCACUGCUCCGAAACUCAUCUCGAUUCCAGCCAAAGCACCAACAGCAAUGGCUCAGCCGAACGUGCCUCGUCAGCCUCGAGAUGGUGGAGGUGAGAACCGGGGGGAGGCUGCUUGUGGACCGUCCGCACAGGAUGUAAACCAUCCUCCUGUGGCUGUGGUUACCGCUCCAGGGUACCCUGUGGCUGAGGUGUACGACCCAAAGGCCGAGGCUUCCUGUCCGUCAGUCACUCUCGCCAAUGUGGCCAUCGUCGGAGACAAACUGGCAAAACAUAAAAGGUUACUCAUGGAGUUGCCUCAGCAAUUUACAAAGACUCUGGAAACAAACAAACAAAACCUGAAAUCCCUCAUGCUUCACACUCGAAAGCAGGCAAGUGAGGGCAAGGAGUCGUCGGAGAAGAAAUUGCUCCUGCUGGACGAUGCAGAUAAAAAGUUCACGGAUGAACUGGAAAUCAAGAAAGAUCUUGUGUGUCGACUUAACAAAGACUUGGAGCAGAAGCAUCGCAAAAUACAAGAGGUGGAGGAAACCAUCACUCGGAAGAACGAAAGCAUUGCUGCGUGGAAGCUGCAAGUUCAAAGAGACACAGCGUUGGUGGAGAAACUGAAGAGUGAGGGUGCUUCUCUUGAAAAAUUGCAGACUGAAGGUGAAAGAAGAAAAAAAGUGUUGGAGGAGGGUCUCGGAGAAAAUCAUCAAGAACGGGAAAAUCUAAAGAAGAAGAACGUUGAAUUCAAGACUAUUCUGAAUGAGCUCCAGACCAAGUUUGACCUGCAGUGUGCUGAUGCGACAAGGGAAGCUGAGGCUGCAAAGAAGGCUGCCGAGGACACACUCAAGUCCAACAUUACCCUGCUGGAGACAAAACUCAAAGAGAUGGAAGAUGAACUGGAGAAGCAGCGGAAGCUCGAAGAAGAAGAGAAGGCUCGUAAGCAGUUGGAAGAGGAGGAGAAGAAGAAAGCUGCCAUGGCCGAGGAAGAGGCUGAGAAGGAGGCUGCCAGGAGGAAGGAAGAUUCUGAAUCUGCAGCUUUUCUUGUUGCAGUCGAGCAGGAAGAGCUGGAAGAGCUGGCCAGGCGCGCAAAGGGAGCUGUCGAUCUGACUUUCCUACUCGAGGAGGGUGAAAUGGUGUCCUUUGUGGGGACAGAAGACAUCCAACAGCAGCAGCAGCAGCAGGAGUCCCAGCAGCAGGAGUCCCAGCAGCAGGAGCAGAUCAGCAGCAGCUUGGACCUCGACAACUUGGUGACUUCAACUCUGGAAGAUAUGGAAACUGACCAAGCUGGUGCAGAGGUGGCUUCCUGCCCUCCGCAGACUUCGGAGGUUGUCCCACCCUUGUCCGACAGUUCUGAUGAGGAGGAAGCGGAGCAGCCUCCCUGCAAGAAGACAAAAACUGGCUCACCCAGCCUUUCCUCCUGUUCCUCCUGCUCUUCUUCAGACUCGUCAGAUGGCGAGCAAGAGCCGAGGGGAAUGGAGAAAGAGCAGAUUGGUGAAGAGGGAGUCGCAGGGGCUGCAGCGAGUGUCGAGCCGAUGGGAUCAGAGAUGGCUGCCGAGGAGAAGAGCGAGGCCUCAGCUGAGCCCUCGGUGGAGUCCAGUCCGGAGAUUGGUCCUUCGGGUGAAUCCAGCAGUGAUGGUGAGACUGAGCCGGAGAGGUCCGUCAGCAAGAAGAGACGGAGGAGAAGGCAGCAGAAGAACAAGUCCGACGCUUCCUCAAACUCUUCAUCUUCAGACUCCGAUACUGCUGGUUCACCUGUCAAGAAAAAGAAAAGGAGCAUUACUUCAGAACAGGUCUUCAGUCAAGUUCCAGUUGAGCACAAGGAUUUCAAUGCCCAUCUACCCCGUGAUCGACCAACGAUGCCCACUGAUUUUCAAUACAGCAGCACUUUCUCAAAGAACCAAGAGGAGCAACUCCACUCGGCAAAGAAGCAGGCUAAAGAUGCUCGCCUUCCCUUUACAGCACUCAUCAACUAUGAGAGAAAGUGGAAGAAGAACGACCAGGACUUGAGGGAGGCCCUGAAAGCUGUCACUCGCCAAAACAUCCCGAAUGCUGUCGAGCUACCCGAAUUGCCUUCCCACUACCUGGAGUAUAUUCAUUACGUCACUGUCGCCCAAUAUCGGAGCAGAUUGUCCGCAGAGAUGCAAGAGUUGGCCAGUGCGUACGACGUUGUCAUUGAUGGCCAACUGAAGUUUGACUCCACUCUGGAAAAGAUGCUGAAGGCGAUCAGGAAGAAGCUCAAGAAAACUGCGGAUCAGCAAGUUGUGGAGCGAGAACUUGCUUCCAACGAGACCAUCGAGAGGUUCCUUGUGCCGAAGAAUAAAACGAAACAAAAUAACAAAAAGGACAAAGUCAUGGGCCAAAUUGGAGCAGGGAAAUUACCUUCGAAAGCAAACGAUUCAGCAUCGGUGGACACUCGGCAAGCAGCACCACCCCCAGCACCCCCAGACACAGCAGCAGCAGCAUCUCAGCAAACUGUCCAGCCAAGAGAUUCUUCAGCAGAGAACGAACAGGCAAGGGAUGUCGAGGAGCGUCAGCGUGUUCGCGCAAAAGUAAGAGAGCAGACCAAAAAGGCAAGGUUGGAGCAGCUCGAUGAAUUAGACAAUCCUGAAAAAGGAGAAUAUUUUGAAAUAACUGCUAGAUCGGACGCAAAAGAUGAAAAAUUUGAAACUCUGACCACUAUUGCUCAAUUUAAAGUUUCCGAAAGUGCUCGAGAUGCACCAAUGGGGGACAUUCUAGCAAUUCGAGAUGUAAUUUUGCACAUCAUUAAAGAUGUUUCGGACGAUUCAUGGAUCGGAAUAACUCUUUCAACUCGCGCCCAGCCAAAGGAGGCAGGUAUUCCGCUCAUGCGAAAAAACCAAUUCGAGCCAAAUUUGAUUUUCAAUUCGAUCAGCGGAAUUUCACAGUCCAGAGAUGAGUUCACAAUUGACGACAGUUUCAAAAUUAUUGCUGUUAUUGUCAAUGACUUGGGAGCCCGUGGGCGCAGAUUUUUAGGGAAUUUGGACAUUUCAGCAAAAUCAAGUUCCAUUCCUGCAAAAAAUGACCAGAAUAAUAAGCUAGACAAGCUUUUGACAAAAAGUGAUCUCAUUGAACUUGGCUCUUGCAAAGAUUCUUGUGUGUAUUUUGCUGCUCUUGUGGGAAAAAUACAUGCCGAUAGAGUGGCCGCAAAUGAAAAAGGUGAAUCUAAUGAGUGGAGACAAGCAAAAGCACAAAAUUCAAAAGCUUUCACUCAAAAGGUUUUUGAACUUAUUAGAGACGUUGGGCUUCCUUUUAAAAAUGGGUCAGGGCACAGAAACCUGCAAAAAAUCCAGGAAAUAUUUGGCAGAGAGUAUAAAAUAAUCGCCUUCGCUGGUGUCACUUUGGAGUCAAGAAUAUUCGGAAGCGAUUAUGUUGACGGUGAUGAAAACAGAAAAAAAAUAUUUCUGUACAUGGACAAAGAGAAGCACUUUCACGCUCUUCUCUCGGCGAAAGCUUUCUUUGAUAAAAAGCAUUUUUGCGACUUCUGUGAGAAGCCUGUGGACAACCUAUUCCACAGGGAAUGUAAAGGCAGCAAGUGUUUCAAGUGUAAUGAUUUCUGCAAAUAUCAAUCUCCGAAUGACAUGAUUGGUGAUACAGCAAGAUGGGAAGUUACAUGCUUUCACUAUUUUGAGACUCGUCAAGACCAAACAAUUAGUGUCAAUGAUAAAGUGAAGUACAAGCACAUGGCCAAUUUAGUGCACGUCUCAAAUCGCUGUGUGAACUGUUUGGACGAUCACGAAGGAGAAGAUAAUUGUUACUGGUGCGGGAAAAGAGAAAAGUCAUUCGACAACUUUGAUCAACCUGACAAAAGUGUUGUGGGUGAAUUUCUCAACUACAUGAAUGAUAAAUGUAAAUCUAGAAAAUCAUUUAACCGACACCAGGGUAUUGUGCUGCAAUUCAACGCAGCGUCGUUUGACAAUCAUCUUGUCCUUUCCCAUGUGAUGAACGAUGAAAAUUGGAUUGUCAAGGACAUAAUAAUGAGUGGACUGCGAAUUUUGCAAAUGCGGAUAAAAAAUAAAGAAAGUGGAGUGUCUUUGAAAUGGCUUGACAUGGUCAACUUCACGCCUGCUAAACUGGCCGACUUGCCAAAAGCUUUCAAAAUUGAGAAUGUUGUCAAAGGCCAUUUCCCGCACUAUGCUAAUAAGCCCGAAUAUUAUAAUUACGACGAGGGGCGCUUGCCUCCAGCUGAAACGUUCGGUCCCGAUUGUAUGACAACUGGUGCGAGGGAAGAAUUUUUAAAGUGGUACGAGGAGACCAACAAAGAACUCGCUGAAAGUGGCUCAACUUGGAACUUUCGCGAAAAUAUUAAGCACUAUUGCAAAAACGAUGUGCGCAUUUUGAGAAUUGCUGCACUAAAAUUCAGGGAAAUGAUUCGGCUGUUCAGAAUUGAGCCGUUUUUGGAAAGCUUGACUAUGGCCUCACUCACACACGAGAUAUACAAGAGAAAUCACUACUUGAAUGGAGCAAUUGGGAUUUUACCAAAAAAUGAUUCGUAUCGUGGCUCGCAAAGUAAGGAAGGACAAAAAUAUUUGACCUAUGUGGAGAAAUUUAUGGGCAUCAAGAAUUUACAACACGCUGGGAAUGGAAAGGAAAAGGUCAUUGGAGGAGCACCAGUGGACGGUUUUGAUCCUGAUACAGGAACAAUUUAUCAAUUCCAUGGAUGCUGGUUCCAUUGUUGCGUCGACUGUUUCCCGAACGCAACUUCAUCACCGCGCGGAACAGGAAUUGAGGUUCGUUCAAAAACCUACGCCCGAACCAAGUUCUUACGAGACCAAGGUUAUACUGUGGUGGAAAUGUACGAGUGCAAGUGGAAGGAAAAAAUGAAAUCCGAGGCUGAGACGUACUUGAAAUUGUGCACAGAUCCCAUCGUUGAAAUGGGAUAUUUGAGGGCGCGAAAUGCACUUUUUGGUGGCCACUGCAGUGCGUUUAGGCUUCAAUGUCUGCCCCGAGAAGAUGAGGAAAUUCAAUACUUGGACUUCACCUCAAUGUACAGUUUUGUAAACAAGUAUGGCAAAUAUCCAAUUGGUCAUCCAAAGGUUUACACCAAAGAUUUUCCUGACAUAAAGGAUGUCAACGGACUAGUCUACUGUGAAAUGGACCCGCCCGGAAACCUCCAUCACCCUGUGCUGCCCGAAAAAGUGGAUGGCAAAUUGCUUUUCCACUUGUGCUCACUUUGCGCCAGACUGAAAAAGUUUAAAUACUGUCCGCACAAUGAAGAGCAGAGGAAACUCACUGGCACGUGGGUGAGCUACGAAAUUCUGUUGGCUCUCAAAUAUCAAUACAAGAUCAGGAGAAUUUUUGAGAUCUGGGACUAUUCUGAAAUAAUUCAGUACAUGACUGGACCGGACGGCUUUGGUUCGAAUGGGCUUUUCGGAGAGUUUGUCAACUGCUUCCUUAAAAUCAAAGCGGAGGCUUCAGGGUGGCCAAGGGAAAACAUGACUCAAGAGGAAAAAGACGCCUAUGUAGAAGAAUUUUGGCAAAUAGAGGGCAUAAGACUAGAUCCCAACAAAAUUGAGCGAAAUGAAGUGAUGCGGUACAUUGCCAAGUUAAUUCUUAAUUCUCUCUGGGGACGAUUUGCCAUGAGGACGGACAUGACGAAAACUGCGAUCCUCGACGAGAGGAGUGAGCUUUUGCGGCUGCUGUCGUCACCGAAUGUCGAGGUUCAAAGUCUUCUAACGAACCUUGGCGAGAAAAUGAUAGCCACUUAUAAGGACGAGGCCUCACAACCAAAAGGAAUUAAUGUAGUAGUUGCAGCUUUCACUACUGCUCAAGCUCGAAUUUUGCUUUACCGACUAUUGGAUUUGGGUGGACACAGAGUGUUGUAUACUGACACUGAUUCCGUCAUUGUAGUUCAGAAAAAAGGAGAGCCAAUUUUCAAGACGGGAAAUGGCUUAGGUCAACUGACAAACGAAGUGCCAAAUCAAGUAAUAAGUGAAUACCUUGCUGUCGCACCCAAAAACUACGGCCUCGCGCUCCAAAACACCGAUGGAUCCAAGGAUGCUAUUCGCAAAAUCAAGGGCAUCACACUGCGGCACAAUUGUUUGGAGCAAACAAGCUUGGCCACUCUCCGUCGACUCAUUCACGGUGAACUGGAAGAAGUGGAAAUUAACAUUUACAAAAAAAUAGAGCGGACCCUCGGAUUCCAGCUUGUCUCGUCCGACACCUCCAAGAAAAUAAAGUUGAAUUACGACAAGAGGUUCCGAGAGGAGGGCGUAGUUGAUUUUUCCUCACCACACGGACUGAAGGAAAACUGGCCACCUGUGAUCCCCGACGAAUCAAUCGAUGUUCAUAUGUGGUCCAUCCAUGAAUAUGCUGCAUAG